CCCCGCCCCCGCAGCCCUCUCGGCCGCCAGUGUCCCGGCUCCCGAGCCGGCUCGCGGCUAGUGCGCCUGCCCCGUUCGUCCGCUGCCUCUGGCCCUUACUCUCUCCCUUCUUCCUUCCUUCUUCCUUCCUUCCUUCUUUCUUUCCUUCCUUCCUCUCUUCUUCCCUUCCUCUCCCCGUCCGUCGGUCGGUCCGUCCGUCCGUCAGUCCUCAGGCCCGGCAGCGGCGGCGUGUAGCGCGCGCUCCUGGGCAGCCACGCGGGGCCUCGUGCGUGCGCCUCGCGCUCUCCCCAGCUCCUCCCCCGUCCCCGGUGCCGCGCGGGGCCGCCGGGCUCCCGUCCCAGGCCGGGGCCAUGUCGGUGGUGGGCAUAGACCUGGGCUUCCAAAGCUGCUACGUUGCCGUGGCCCGGGCCGGUGGCAUCGAGACGAUCGCCAACGAGUACAGCGACCGCUGUACCCCGGCUUGUGUUUCUUUUGGUCCUAAGAAUCGUUCAAUUGGAGCUGCUGCUAAAAGCCAGGUUAUUUCAAAUGCAAAGAACACAGUCCAAGGUUUUAAGAGAUUUCAUGGCAGAGCAUUCUCAGAUCCAUUUGUUCAAGAAGAGAAGUCUCACCUUGCAUAUGAAGUUGUGCAGUUGCCAACAGGUUCAGCUGGUAUUAAGGUAACAUAUAUGGAGGAGGAACGGAAUUUCACCACUGAGCAAGUCACGGGAAUGCUCUUGUCCAAACUAAAGGAAACUGCAGAAAAUGCACUGAAGAAACCAGUUGUUGACUGUGUAGUUUCAGUCCCCUGCUUUUAUACAGAUGCUGAGAGGAGAUCAGUGUUGGAUGCAACACAGAUUGCUGGUCUUAAUUGUCUGCGAUUGAUGAAUGACACUACUGCAGUUGCCCUUGCAUAUGGAAUCUAUAAACAAGAUCUGCCUGCCCUGGAAGAGAAGCCAAGAAAUGUUGUGUUUGUUGACAUGGGACAUUCUGCCUACCAGGUGUCUGUGUGUGCAUUCAACAAAGGAAAACUCAAAGUUCUUGCCACUGCAUUUGAUCCAACAUUGGGAGGUAGAAAAUUUGAUGAGAUGUUAGUAAAUCACUUCUGUGAAGAAUUUGGGAAGAAGUACAAACUAGACAUCAAGUCCAAAAUUCGUGCAUUGUUGCGGCUUUCUCAAGAGUGUGAAAAGCUCAAGAAAUUGAUGAGUGCAAAUGCUUCAGACCUCCCCUUGAACAUAGAAUGUUUCAUGAAUGAUGUUGAUGUAUCUGGAAUUAUGAACAGGAGCAAAUUUCUGGAGAUGUGUGAUGAUCUCUUAGCUAGAGUGGAGCCACCACUUCGAAGUGUUUUGGAACAAUCCAAGUUAAAGAAAGAGGAUAUUUAUGCAGUGGAGAUAGUUGGUGGUGCCACUAGAAUUCCUGCAGUGAAAGAGAAGAUCAGUAAAUUCUUUGGUAAAGAAAUCAGUACAACAUUGAAUGCAGAUGAAGCAGUCACACGAGGGUGUGCAUUGCAGUGUGCGAUAUUGUCUCCUGCAUUCAAAGUACGAGAGUUUUCUACCACUGAUGUAGUACCAUAUCCAAUAUCUCUUCGAUGGAAUUCUCCAGCAGAAGAAGGAAUAAGUGAUUGUGAAGUCUUCCCGAAGAAUCAUGCAGCCCCUUUCUCUAAAGUUCUCACAUUUUAUAGAAAGGAACCAUUUAAUCUUGAAGCCUAUUACAGUUCUCCUAAGGAAUUACCUUACCCAGAUCCUGCUAUAGCCCAAUUUUUGGUUCAGAAGGUGACUCCUCAGACUGAUGGAUCCAGUUCAAAAGUGAAAGUAAAAGUUCGUGUCAAUGUGCAUGGUAUUUUCAGUGUGUCUAGUGCAUCCCUUGUGGAGGUUCACAAGUCUGAUGAAUGUGAAGAGCCUAUGGAAACAGAUCAACAUGCAAAAGAGGAAGAGAAGAUGCAGGUAGACCAAGAUGAACAGAAAACUGAGGAAAACCAACAUAAUAUGCAAGGGGAAAAUAAAACAGAAUCUGAAGAAAUGGAGACAUCUCAGCCUGGGUCCAAAGAUAAAAAAAUGGAUCAACCACCUCAAGCCAAGAAGGCAAAAGUUAAAACCACCACUGUGGAUCUCCCUAUUGAAAAUCAGUUGUUAUGGCAGAUAGGAAGAGAAAUGUUGAACUUAUACAUUGAGAAUGAGGGUAAGAUGAUCAUGCAGGAUAAACUGGAAAAGGAAAGAAAUGAUGCCAAGAAUGCAGUGGAAGAAUAUGUUUAUGAAAUGAGAGACAAACUAAAUGGCCUAUAUGAGAAAUUUGUUAGUGAGGAUGAUCGUAACAGCUUUACUUUAAAACUAGAAGAUACUGAAAAUUGGUUGUAUGAAGAUGGAGAAGACCAGCCCAAACAUGUUUAUAUUGAUAAAUUAACAGAAUUGAAGAAUCUGGGGCAGCCUAUUAAAAAUCGAUUCCAGGAAUCUGAAGAAAGACCAAAGGCAUUUGAAGAACUGGGGAAACAAAUCCAAAUGUUUAUGAAAAUAAUUGACUCUUUCAGAAACAAGGAAGAACAGUAUGACCAUUUAGAUGCAGCAGAUGUCUUGAAAGUUGAGAAGAGCACUAAUGAAGCAAUGGAAUGGAUGAACAACAAGCUCAAUCUGCAAAACAAACAGAGUCUUACCGUGGAUCCAAUCAUAAAGACAAAGGAUAUUGAAACAAAAAUUAAAGAGCUUAUAAGUGUUUGUAACCCUAUAGUUACAAAACCUAGACCCAAAGUGGAGCUACCAAAAGAUGAGGAACACGUGGAGCAGAAUGGACCAGUAGAGGGACAAGAUGGUAACCAUGGAGGGGCUCCACCCACUGAGCAGAAUAUAGAUCCAAGCGCCUCCCCAGAUUCUGAGAAGAAACUUCCUGAAAUGGACAUUGAUUAAUUCCAGCACUUGUUUAUAUUAAAGCCCACUUAAUCAUAAA